AUGGCGAACCAUCAAGCUCGAGAUGGCCAGGUAGUGGUUCAACCUCCUCUGCCGCAAGUCGUGGGCUACGUGAUAGUCGUAGUUUUGGGAUUGGUCAUUGCUUUGGUGAUGAUGCUCAUCACCAAGAUCCUCAAGAGAACGGCAGGUGAAGAUAACAAGAAGACAGAAAUGUUUAUGACUGCAAAUCGAACCGUUCGGACUGGAUUGACAGCGUCUGCGGUUAUAUCGUCAUGGCUAUGGUCAACGGCCAUGUUGGGCUCUGCGUUCGUGGGCUACGAUUAUGGCGUAUCGGGUCCCUUUUGGUUCGCUGCCGGCUGUAGUCCGAUGAUCGUCUUCUUCGCCCUGCUGGGAAUCUCCUGCAAAAGGAAGAUUCCUGAAGCCCAUACAUCUCUGGAAGUUGUUCGGAUCCGAUAUGGGCGAAUCGCUCAUGUUGUCUUCAUGACGCUUUGUUUGAUCAACAACAUUUUCGCUUGUGCCAAUAUGCUCUUAGGUGCAGCGGCAGUCAUUGCAGCCCUAACUGGUGUACAUAUCGUCGCAGCGACGUUUCUCUUGCCUGUCGGCGUGACGGUCUACACCUUUGUCGGUGGCAUUAAAGCAACGUUCCUGACCGACUAUUUUCAUACGGCCGUCAUACUCAUCAUCGCGUGUUAUUUCUCAAUCAAAGCGUUUACGGUCGACGAGGUUGGCUCCAUCGGCAACCUGUACGAGCUGGUCAAGUCGGCUUCUCAGCGGCAUCCAGUUGCUGGAAAUCAUGCUGCCACUUACCUGACGAUGACCUCUAAAGGCGGUAUUCUAUUCGGCAUUCUGCACAUUUGUUCCAAUUUCGGCUUGGUCAUUAUGGACACGAGCUUCUUCAUCAAAGCGUUCUCGGCGGCUCCUUCGGCAGUCGUGCCCGGAUAUACAAUCGGCGGCAUUGCAUACUUUGCCAUCCCAUGGGCUCUAGGAACCAUCAUGAGUUCUGUCGCACUUGGUCUAGAAAAUCAGCCCAUCUUCCCAACAUACCCACGCCGCAUGACAUCAACCGAGGUCAGCAAUGGACUCGUCCUGCCUUAUGCAGCCAUGGCGAUUGCAGGGAAAGGAGGCGCGGCUGCCAUCCUUCUCAUCACCUUCAUGGCUGUAACGUCGACACUGUCGGCGCAAGUCAUUGCCGUCAGCUCGAUCCUGAGCUUUGAUGUCUAUCGCGAGUAUUUCAACCGAAAGGCUUCCGACCGCGACAUCAUCCGUUCCAGUCAUUUUGGAGUCAUCUUCUUCGCGGCCUUCUCCGCCGGCUUUAGUACCAUGCUGCACUACGUCGGCAUAGACCUGGGAUGGACUCUGUAUAUGCUCGGCGUGGUCACCUGUCCUGGCAUCUUCCCAAUGGCCUUUACCAUCCUAUGGCGCCAACAGAGCAAAGCAGCGGCCAUCCUUGCCCCCGUGCUUGGUCUGGCAACCGGUCUAGGUGUCUGGCUGGGAACGGCCAAACACUUUUAUGGAGCCGUUACAGUAUCCACAACGGGCCAGAUCCUGCCCUGCGUCUACGGCACAGUUGCCUCUGCCUUUUCACCCAUCGUUUACUCGGCCAUCCUCACCCUCCUACGACCACAGAAUUACGAUUGGGCGGAGUUCAAGAAGGAGAAGCUGGCUCUGGAGGAACUCGAAGGUGACCUCACAACAGUGCACAGCCACCGGCCGAAUGCUCCAGCAUUCAGCGCGAAAGAAUUGAAACGAUGGGGUCGCAUCGCCGCGUUCUGGUCGGUAGCUACAUUCUUGGGCCAUUGGGUUCUCUGGCCACUUCCCAUGUACGGGGCCAAAUAUGUCUUUGGUAAAACGUUCUUCGUGGCCUGGGUAGUGGUUGCUAUCAUCUGGCUUUGGGGCACAAUGUUAGUGGCGAUCGUUUACCCUAUUGUCGAUGGAGGCGUUCAGCAGAUGAUCCAAGUAUAUCAAGGAUUGACUAGGGGGAAAACGGCGCCUGUCAAGAGCUCAACGCCUUCGUGUCAAUCAAUUUCGGAGAAGGAGCAUGUAAAAGCAUGA